AUGAGGAUAAAAAGUGUUGUAUUCGUGGGCGCCCUUACGAUAUUCCUAGUUGUUUGUGAUGUACACAUAUCCGAACAUAACAGAUAUAAUCCCAACAUUUUACAUCAAGACGAUAAAGAAUCUACAACCCCAUCAAGAACCCGCACCAACAUCGACUAUAAUAAUGAAGGUCAUACCACCCACAAGCAGAACAAGAGAAGCAUGCUGACCAAAUCAGACAAUGAAGAUAUCCCCAUAGAUAAAAUCCACAAUAAAGCCGCGCGCAAAGUACGGCACCACCAUGGCGAAAACCCUUCAGAAAAACCAGUAAAGACUCCUAGGAAAAGAAAGGGUAGGUGCAGAAGAUACGCGCAGCGCUACUACCAACCCUACCAGGGUAUGCCUGUGUAUGUGCCAAAAUACAACCAACAGAAUUACCUGGCACCCAGCUACGUACCCCCGCAGUACGUAGUGCCGUCCUAUUACUCGUCCAUGUGUCGGAGUUACUGUGUUCCUUGCGUAACUUCAACGUGCCGCAGGAGAUGCCCCUAUUUUCCUGGCAGCUCUACUACGAAAUCCACCCACCCUGGGACGAAGCCUACUGCCACGAUUACGGUCACCUCUGCUGAUGUGACCAAAACCAGUACUAAGCCUACUGCGACUAUAACAGUCGUAACUAAACCACCUUGCAACUGCAACGAAGCUGGAUCCAAAUCUCAAACAUGCGACAAUACUGGCACUUGCCUUUGCAAACCCAAUUACAUCGGAAAAAUUUGCGACAGAUGCAAAGACGGCUACUGGAAAAAUCGAAACAAAGACUGUGUCUACUGUAAUUGUAACAAAUACGGGUCAAUACCAAAUAGCUUUUGUGACAAAACAACUGGAAGGUGCCACUGCAAAGAAGGAGUUACAGGUGCCGCUUGUGACAGUUGCAAGUCGCUAUACUACGGGAUAACUAAAGAGGGAUGCAUAGCAUGUAAUUGUAACCAAGAUGGAUCUCAAUUUCAAACAUGUAACAGUACUGGCGACUGCCUGUGUAGACCUAAUUAUAAUGGAAAAACUUGCGCAACCUGCAAGGACGGUUAUUGGAAGAACCGAAACAAAGACUGUGUCAAAUGUGAAUGUAACAAAUACGGGUCAGUACCAAAUACCUUUUGUGACAAAACAAGUGGAAGAUGCCACUGUAAAGAAGGAGUUACAGGUGCCACUUGUAACGCUUGCAAGCCUCAUCAUUAUGGAACAAUAGAAAAAGGAUGUAAAGAAUGCGACCCAUGUGACAAACCCGGUCAUAUAUGUGAUCCCCAAAACGGAAAGUGUGUUUGCCCUUCAUUAACAGCAGGAGACAAUUGCCGACAGUGUGCACAAGGCGCUUGGGGGUACGUACCUGGUACCGGCUGUAAGUUGUGCCAAUGUUCGCAAAAUGGAAGUUUAAGUUCACACUGCAACACAGUUAAUGGAAAAUGCGAUUGUAAAACUGGGUAUGAAGGUGAAAAAUGCGAGAAAUGCAGUUUUGGUUAUUACGGAUACCCAAACUGCAAAAAAUGUAACUGCAACCUGCUGGGCACCAACAAAGAAGACUGUCAAGAUAGUAACUGCAAAUGCAACGACAAUGGAACUUGCAGGUGCAAAGAAAAUGUUCAAGGGACCAAAUGUGACGCCUGCAAGCUUAAAACUUUUAGCUUAACUAAAGAAAACCUCAAAGGUUGUACACAAUGUUUCUGUUUUGGUAGAAGUAAAAGAUGUGUAGAUGCUCAGUUGAACUGGGAUAAAAUACGAGUAAAUAAAAUAAACAACAAAAGUAAAAGACAGGCUAUUAAUAACGAUUAUUGGAAACUACCUAAUAAAUUCAUGGGCGACUUGACAACCUCUUACGGGGGUUAUUUAACUGUAGAUCAGGGGCAGGGCUAUUUCACUGUAAAAUUAGAAGGCAAUGGAGUUGGUUUGCAAUCAAGUUCAUCAAGUAAUGAGCUUCAAUUAGUUGAAAGCAAUUGGAAUAUAGAGUUUAGAAAUCCACAAUUUCCAAACAGUUGCCAAUCUAAGUUAACCAGAUCUUGCUUUAUGGUUGUUUUACAAAACGUCACUUCCUUUCUAGUCGAAGCCAAUAACAGAAUAAAUGAAGUCCUGUUGGAUAAAGCAAAACCAAAUCUACCUACAUAUCCGCCUGCUCAUUCCAUAGAAAGAUGUGAGUGUCCUAAGGAAUACACGGGCUUGUCUUGUCAAGAUCCUAAUGUGGGAUAUUUCAGAUAUUUUUCAAAUGAUACCAAGGAUAAGUGGAUUGACAUAGUCGUUGGAAAAGCCAAACUGUGUGAGUGCAAUAGUAGGUCACAGAGCUGUGAUCCAAAUACUGGCUUUUGCAAAAACUGUACUCACAGUACAUCUGGCAACCACUGUGAAUUAUGUGACACAGGUUAUUAUAAAGAUGUCAGUGGAAACUGCUCACCCUGUCUAUGCCCUACUGCUAGUCAAAAUAAUGCAGAAAGUUGUUCACCAAUAGAGAAGAGUUUUAAAUGUAACUGCAAGAAAGGUUACAUGGGACAAUUUUGUGAUCAAUGUGAUGAUGGCUAUUUUGACAAAGACGUUUCUCCCAAAUCUUUAAUAUGUGAACCUUGUGGUUGCAAUCCAUUUGGAGUAGUUGACGGGAAGGGAGAAAGUUGCAAUGAAUUUGGAAUAUGUCAAUGUAAAGAAGGAUUUAAAGGUGAAAAAUGCAAUGAAUGUGUUAAUGAAAGAGAAUAUAUUAAAAAUGGAGUUUGUUCUCCAUGUGAUGAAUGUGUGAAAUUACUUUUUUCCGAAAUUGAUAAUCUUACUUUAGCUGUUGAUGAUACUUUCAACUUAUUCAAAAGUGAUGUAAAACCACCGUGGAAGUUAUUGACCAACACCAUAGACAAACACAACAUGUUAUCAGAGAAAUUUAAGAGAAAGAAAGAACAGACAGAUAAUCUAUUACAAAACUCGAAAUUGGACCAGCUGAAAGAAAAAAUAAAUGCUAUGCAAGAAAGACUGAAACAAAAAAAUGAUGAAGCCAAAACAAACAUUAUUAAUACGGAUAAACUACAAAAUUCAUCCAAUUCAUUAGUAGACGAAAUUCAAAAAUUAAAUAAAAAAUUAAUUAAUAUUAUUGAAACCUUGGAUAAUUCUGGACCAAAAUCAACUAACGUUAAGAACUCGCUAAAAAAGGCUAAAGAAAUUUUGAAACAAAUUAAUGCGAUUUCAAAAAAGUUUAACAAUCAAGAAGAUCAAGAGGCAGUUAACUAUUGCAAAAAUGUAACACAAAAAAUAAACGAUAUUUAUAAACCCCCGUCAAAUAUGCCAAAACAGCUACUCGAAGACUUAAAUAAUAAACUAGAUGAUCUUUCAGAUAUUACCGCAGAUGUUGAAAAACUUGUUAAUAAAGCUGAAAAAAAGAACCUCGAUAAUGCAGACAGAAUUGUAAAAUUCAAGGAGAAAUUGGAAACACUCAAAAAUAAUAGUCGAGGAGUUGAAGAUAGUGUAAGGGAAAUAAUGUCUAAAAUAAAUGCUACAGAUGAUUUAAUUCUACAAUUAGAAGUUGUAUAUAAUGACUUAAAAAAUAUUACCAAUUUUAUGGAAUUUAAACAACUUGAAAAUCGUGUUCGACGACAAAUGGAAAAUUCGCCUAAAACCAACGAACUAUUUUUUAAAGCUAUAGAUCAUGUUCGAGAACUGGAAAAAAAGAUCAAUUCUUACCAAAGUUUGUUCAAUUUCACUAAAGACGAAUGGAAAAAAAUUAAUGCUAGUGGAUCAUACGAAACACUACUACAUGGAAUAGAAGAGGCAAAAAGAGAUAUUGAAUUAUCCAGGAAAUUAUUAGAAGACGCUACCAAACUCAUAUAUCCUGCAAACUCAGAAAAUGUACUAGACAAAGCAAACUUAGCACUGACAUACUCAGAGAAAAUAAAACAGAGAAUUAAUAAUCUAAAAAACAUUUCAAAGAAUCUCACAGAGGUAAAAAACAAGUUAGAUAAAUUUAAAUACAGCAUACUUAGUAGUGGUAAAGCCAACAAUGACUUGAACCAAAUAUUGCACAAAAUGGAAACAGAUAUAACAUCCCAGGCAGAUGUAGUUUCUAAAUUAGAAGAUGCCAUAAAGAACAGCAAAGUUAUUUCCGAAGAUAUGGAGCAAAUUCGUAAAAAAGUUCAAGAUAUACUUACUGCAAGUCAAGAUAGCUUUUUCAAUAAAUACAAUAUGUAUCUAAACCUAAUUUCUAAAGAAGAGAUUGACAAGUUGAAAGCAAAAUUAAAUAACACCAGAGAACAUCUUAAGAAUCUCAACAUAAGUUCCACAUAUUUUGACACUAUCAAAAAAUUCAAUACAGAAAAUAAAAACAGAAAUAUACAAGCCAUUCAAGCCAGGAUUGAAGAGUUAACUAAUAAAAUUAAUUACGCCAAACAAGCAGCUGAUAUAAUAAGUGUAGCAAUGAAUAUAUCAAAUUGUCAUAUGUCCUAUCAAUUACCUCAAAUGGAAGUGUUUAAAAGUUUAUCCAUCACAUUUAAGUGCAAAACAUGUCAAAUAUUUAAGUUAGCAAAUGCUGAUGGAGAGUUCAAUUUAACAGUUGAAAAUAACAACAUUAUACUUAAAUUUAACGACAAAAAUAUAGUGAUCUCCAGUACCGAAAAAGACAAGGAAAAAACUGUUAACAUUGAAAAAUUAGGUUCAUUAAUCAAAAUGCAAGUAGACACUAUAGAAAAAACUGAGCUUACUGAUUCUCCGUACUACAUUAUACAUCCUUAUGACCAAAUUGAAAUUGGUAGUACAAAUAACAAAAUUAACGGCAAAUCGUAUGUGUACAAUGUUAUACUAAACCAAAAAAAGUUUGGUUUAUGGAAAUUUUCUCAAACAGAAGGAAAUUGUACAGGUGAAACUAGGGAUGAAACUGAAAAGCAACCAGAUAACGUUAAUACAUUCUUUAAUGGAAAAGGAUACGUUACAUAUGGAAAAAAUAGUAACUUAAAUCCCACGAAACUUACUUUAGGGUUUGAUUUCAGCACAUUUGAUGAAAACAGUUUGAUUUAUUUGGCUGCAUUUGAUGAAACCACUACAAUAUCUAAAGGGGAUAACUGUGCAUACAUAAUAUUAUAUUUGAAGAACGGCUAUUUAAAUCUUAUUGUAAAACAUUCUAAUGGUUUAAGCAGCACUUUAGCUUCGGACAAUAAAUCUAAUAAUGGCAGAAAGCAUCAUGUUGACAUCAAUAUGGAAUAUGACAAAUCUGGAGUUCAAUACUACAUCCUUCUAACGAAAAAUGAAACCCUUGAAAACAUAAAAGAUACCACGAAUGCCCUUAAUAAAAAAUAUGUGUUCAAAAUAAAACAGGCCUCUCAUUAUCUCGGUGGUACUCCCCCAGUUUACAAUAAAACAUGCCUACCCAUUAAUACAACUUCUUUCUUGGGUUUCUUAAAGGUGACUACACCACUAACGAAUGAAAUAUUGUCAUAUGGAACGAUAAAAACAAAUAAACAGGUUCUUGAAUUUUACCAAGUUCAAGUAAAUAAAAAUGGAUAUAUGAAAGUCAAAUUAAUGGAAGAACAAGUUCAAAAUAUCAGUUUCAUUUUACAACCCACUUCUGCAAAUGGUAUAAUUAUGAACCUUGCACAUUAUAACAUCUCUUUGGAUAACUACAGACUAAAGAUUGUCGGAAUGGAAAAUGACCACAACAUAAGUUUAGAUGCAAAUGAAUACAACACUGUGAACAUAUCGUACAAAGAAGGAAUUUUAGUAGUGAACAGUAAUGAAAAAGUUAUCCAGGUCCCAACUGAAGUAAAUAUUGUAGAUCUUAUUAUUACACUAGGUGAUAAAUAUAAAGGAUUCAGUGGUGGACUAAGCAACAUUUUGAUAAAUAACAAAGAAUUAUUAUUUACUCCAAAUGGUGUAGUUGAAUUUUCUAAUGUAGAAAUUGGUAGAGAACUGCCAUCAAUCAAGGUCAGGAGUACUAAAAAAGCCGUGAAGAGUCUCUCUACAUAUUUUACGAACACGAUGCUAAAUACUGAAAGCUGUGCCAGGUCAUCAAAUUAUGAAACUAUUUCUGAAGCAAUUAAAUUAGGUGAUACAUCAAAUAGUUACACUUAUAUAAAAUCAAAUUUCUGGAAAACCGAUUAUUCAGUCAGUUUUCAGUUUAGGACUUAUUACCCGCAUGGGUUACUAUUUAUAUCUAUUGGUAAUCAAAAGCAACAGCAUUAUAACCUACUGAAAUUGACAGACGGAGAGCUCAGCUUGAAUAUUAAAGGGAAAAUAAAUAAAUCUCCAGUUAUUUUGAAUGGCAAAUUGAAUAAUGGGCAAUGGCAUAGUGUUGAGCUGUCCAAGAAGAAACGAAAAUUAGCAAUAGCUGUAAAUGGACAGCAGAAAAAAAUUGUUAAAAUUCCGAAAACCGCAGUCAGAAAUGAAAUAUAUAUAGGAGGUGUUCCCUCGAAUUCUGAUUAUUUACAGGUAACUGGACUGGGGGAACUUGAUCCAUUUAAAGGGUGCUUAAGGUCUUUAAUUAUUAAUAAUGAACAUCAAUUCGUUAAAACUAAAGAUGUACAACACAGCAAUACUGGUCAGUGUUUCUCCAACGUCGAAGAGGGAGCAUACUUUAGUGGUAGCAGCUUUGCAAUAUUCAAAGAAAAUUUAAAAAUAAACAAAAUUGUGGAACUAUUUUUUGAGUUUAAAACCACAGAACAAAAUGGAAUAUUUUUAAGUGUAUCUAACUUCGGAAAUGGCCCCGGUCUUUCAGUGGAGUUACAAAAUGGUGCGGUUGUUAUGACAGUUGAUAUGGGAAAUGGAGUUAUAUCACAUGCCAAAAAUAAUCUAUUUUCCAAAUUUGCAUUGUGCAACAACAUGUGGCACAAUGUAACAGCGAUGUAUUCAAGCUCCGAAUUAACAGUUUUUGUUGACGGUAUUAGACAAACGUGGGCACAAUCAAUCACAAAUUCUUUACUGGAUGAAAUUAGCGCACCUAUAUAUAUUGGAGGAUUUCCAGGAGACGCACCAGCAGAAACUCGCAAAUCGAGAAGGAAUUUUAACGGAUGCUUACGAAGACUAAAAAUCGAAAAUACGUUAAUUGACUGGUCCAACAUGAGAGAACUAUAUAAGGUUUCAUUAAAUUCAUGUCCAACUUAAAAAUAACUGCCAUUGUCCUUCGACAAAUACAAAAUAAACCAAAACCUGAAAAAAUCUAGUGACAGCUUAAGUAUUAUACCAUAAUGUAUUAUAAAGUCACUGCCAACAAAUUGUAAAUACAUAAUGUAGAUAUUUAUUCAAUUUUGUAUUUAAAAAUGCCAUAUAUUAGAUCUAAGAGAAAUGUAAUAUUUGUAUAUAUGAUUUUUAUUGUGUGUGAUACAACAAAAUACAAACUUUAUCAAAUAAGGAAACAGCCAGAAUGUAUAUAAUAGUUAAUCGUUAUAAAAAAUUCUUCUAAAGUAAAAAUAAAGUACUAAAAUCAGA